AUGAAUCAAUGGGCAUUUGUUGUUAAUCUUGGAUAUUCUGUAUUUUACAUUUACACUUUGUGGUUUGAUUAUCAGCUUAAUCUGGUCCAUCCAUUUCUACCUAUUCCGGGUGUUUACCUCUCCAAAUUGGUAUGGCUGACAAUGGUUACAUUUGUAAGCGUUUUUAGUUGUUAUAACCGUAGUUUCAGUUUUCACUCACUGUAUAUCAUUCUGUUGGGGCAGUUUUGGCAUUAUCGACACCCAAGAAAAAUAGUAAAUUCAUGAGAUAUUUUGAUUUUGUGGCCACCAGUCUUCUGUUCCCUUUGGCUACGGUAAGAGAGCUUUUAGAAGAGCUGAUACAUUAUUGUAGUCGGUGGUUGUCUUGUUCUGGAGCUUAUUUUUGUACGAUCAGAACACUUUAAUUGAUGAGAAGGCUGAGUUCCUCUUAGAACAUGAAUGGUUUAAUCAUGCAUUGGUAAGGAAAUUACGGUAUUCAGAAUCAGUAUUUGCCAGAUUGAAAAAACUAUUUGAUGGAAUUUCAGCACACUACCCCUUUGAUCGGCAUGACUUUAGACGCCAUUGCAUGGAGACAUCCCCGUCCCCACAAAAAGAGCGCGUUGAAGGCCAUUUUCAUUUUUACCGUGGUUUAUUUGAUCGAGUGAGUCAGAAUUAGAGAAGGCGAAAUUUGCAGUAUUCAUUUGGUGUGGUUCGUGUCCGGAUUUUGGGCUUACCCGAUCCUGGGGCAGUUGAAUAAUCUGGAAAGAUUAGCCUUCAUCUUGGUCUGCUGUACUGUCAUCUUUGCCGCGUUUCUGAUUUCCGAUGCAUUCAACGCGAUGUUGCAACCAAAGAAAAAGAAAAACUAG